UCUUUAAUUAUUAUUUUUCGUGAGCACGGGAGAGUGAAAGUCAGAACUUCUGAGGAAGAGAAAGCCAGGAAAGAGAAAGAGAGAAAUGAAAAAUUGAAGAUUUUCAAACAUGCCAUGCAAAAAAUUCAAAUCAAGAGAAAAGAAUGCACUCUUGAUAAAGAAUUACUGGAACUGACAGGAAAUGUGUUAUCUUCUAAUCCUGACAUUUACACUUUAUGGAAUAUAAGGAGAGACAUUUUACAAUUAUUUAAAAAAAGCAAUGAUAAUAUUGAAGAAAUGUCACAGGUGUACAAUGCAGAAUUGCAUCUAACUGAAUAUUGCCUAAAAAUAAACCCGAAGUCAUAUUGUGCCUGGCACCAAAGAGAGUGGGUGCUUCUGACUCGUGAUGAUCCUGACUGGCAAAAAGAAUUGGAACUAUGCAAUACCUACCUGAAGUUAGAUGAAAGGAAUUUUCACACAUGGGAUUACAGAAGAUUUGUUGUGAGUCAGUGCAAACCAUCUCUAAAAGAUGAAUUUGAUUACACUACAGAGAAAUUAAUGGAUAAUUUUUCAAAUUAUUCAGCAUGGCACUACAGAAGUAAAAUGCUUGUCGAAUUAUAUCCUGAUCGGAAAGGUGGAAGGCCAAUUGAAGAUAGUCAUCACAAACAUGAACUAAAAAUGGUUCAAAAUGCUGCAUUCACUGAUCCUGAUGACACAAGUGCUUGGUUUUAUCAAAGAUGGUUGUUAGGUGCAGUUAAAACCACAAUCGAUCUAGUAAAUUACACAGUUACACCAACAAAAAAUACAUUUGCAUUCAGCAAACACGUAGACAAGAAUUAUGUUAGUGCAAAAACUAAAUUAUUAAUCAAUAAUUGUGUUGUAAAUGGCGAAUGGGUUUCGUGUACAGGAAAUUGUUAUGAUGUCUUGUGGAUUUUUCAGCACUCAACACCAAUAACGAAAAAAAUAAAUAUUAAGGUUGAAUAUGAAAUAGAUAAUGGACAAAAACAAAUAAUACAAGGCGUUGAGUGUAAAGAAAUGUUUUAUAUUGGUAAAAAUCAAAUUAAAUUUGAGCGAAAUUAUUCGGAGGCUGUUAUAGAAGAGUUAAAGGACCAACUAGAGUCUUGUAGACAACUGUUGAAUUUGGAACCUGACAGCAAAUGGACAAUGCUAACAACCACAAUUUUCCUACAUUGUAUAGAUGCCAAAGCAUACCACACAGAGGCAAUACAAAAUUUACAAAAACUAAAAGUCAUUGAUAAAUUACGAGCUGGCUACUAUGAUGAUCUCAUAGCAAAAUGGUGCAUUGAAAAACAAUUGUGUUCAGACUACGAAAACGCAGAUCUUGCAUUAAAGUUUUCAUUCCCUAGUCCUGUAUCAAGCCUACCUUAUCUACAAUACUACAGUUACUGUGAUAGCGUAGAUUUAUCCAAUCAACAACUGACUUCUAAUAUAUUUCCUUCUUUAAUAGUUCUGCAACAUUGCAAGAAAUUAUCAUUGGAGAACAAUAACUUGACAACAAUGAAGAAUUUUCCAGAUUUGGAUCUGGUAGAAUUGAAUUUGCUGGGUAAUGAAAAGUUGGAUAGAAACGAAAUUGAAUUAUUUACAAAAAAGUAUAAUUUCAAUAUUAUAUACUAAAGAAUAAACGAUGUAUUAGUUACAAAGAAAUAUAUAUAUAUUUUGCA